AUGGAAUCUACAGGUUUUCAACUAACUGACUUUGUAAGAAGACCUAACUUAGGUAAAGAAGGAAGACAACUCAAAAUUCGUGCAAACUUUUUUGAAGUCCUUGCACUCCCUGAAGCAAAUAUACACCACUAUGACGUCACUAUAACACCCGAUGUUCCUCCUGCCUUGAACCGAAGAGUUUUUCAAACUUUUGAAGAGAUGCAGCGUGGCGCUAGUUUAGGUGGGGUAAAACCUGUUUUUGACGGUCGGAAAAACAUGUACACUGCUAGGCCACUUCCUUUCGGUGACGCUGCCACUUUCGAUGUAACCUUACCUGAAGACGACGGUGUCACUACUAGUAAACGUCCUCCUCGUUCUUUCAAAGUUAAAAUUAAAAAAGUUGCUGAAAUUAAUAUGGAAGAACUUCAUCGUUUUCUUAACGGCAAGGCUCAAGUAUCACCAAACGUUCUGACCGGUAUUAUGGCACUUGAUGUGUUGAUAAGGUAUCGCCCAUCGUUGCAACAUGCAACUGUUGGUAGAUCAUUUUAUACACCUUCAGGUUCUCAACAACUUUAUGGUGGAGUCGAAGUAUGGCAAGGUUUUUAUCAAUCAGCUCGUCCUACACCCAAGAAGAUGAUGAUCAAUAUUGAUGUUAGUGCCACAGCUUUCUAUGAAAGUGGUAAUCUUGUUCAAGUCGUUGUCAAAAUUUUGGGUAGAAGGUCCGCUGAUGAUCUUAGAAAAGGAAUCUCAGAUAAGGAACGCACCAGACUUGAAAAAGCAUUAAAAAAUCUCAAAGUUCGUGUUGUUCAUCGUGGUGAUGCUGUCUCACAACGUCGUUUCCGAAUCUCUAAACUUACUCCCACACCUGCAAAUUCAACAAAAUUUGAUGCUAACGGCAGAUCUAUAGAUGUGGCUACAUAUUUUCAAGAUACCUACAAAAGACGUCUUCAAUAUCCUUUCCUUCCUUGUGUUGUAGUCAGAAAAGAAAAUUAUCUUCCUAUGGAAGUUUGUGAAAUUAUUCCG